GGGUAGAACUACUUCCGGUCUCUUUGCCGGGCGGAAGCGGCGGAGCGGAGAGGGAAAACAGCUCCUUUCCGGUGUAGGAGUACUGUUGAAGUAGCCACCGAGGAAGGAGGGGUCGUCUGUGAGCUUCCCCAUCAGGUCAGAUCGGGGUCCAUAAAGGUCCAGUCCUCUCUGCGUGGGCUCCCUCCGGUCACUGCUGCCUUGCAGCUGCCCCUUCCUCCCCGCCGGGAUGACACGGCAUGGCAAGAACUGCACAGCGGGGGCCGUCUACACCUACCAUGAGAAAAAGAAGGACACAGCGGCCUCAGGCUACGGCACCCAGAACAUUCGACUGAGCCGGGAUGCCGUCAAGGACUUCGAUUGCUGCUGCCUCUCGCUGCAGCCCUGCCACGACCCUGUCGUCACCCCAGAUGGCUACCUUUAUGAGCGGGAAGCAAUCCUAGAGUACAUUUUGCACCAGAAGAAGGAAAUUGCCCGGCAGAUGAAGGCCUACGAGAAGCAGAGGGGCGCCCGGCGAGAGGAACAGAAGGCGCUGCAGCGGGCCGCGGCGCAGGACCACGUGCGGGGCUUCCUGGAGAAGGAGGCGGCCAUCGUGAGCCGGCCCCUCAACCCCUUCACGCCCAAGGUCGCCUCGGCAGGGAACGGCCCAGACGAUGCCCAACCCGGGUCCAGUGCGGGCCCCGCAGUCAAGGACAAGGACAAAGCGCUGCCCAGCUUCUGGAUCCCGUCGCUGACCCCCGAGGCGAAGGCCACGAAGCUGGAGAAGCCGUCGCGCAUCGUGACCUGCCCCAUGUCCGGGAAGCCGCUGCGCAUGUCCGACUUGACGCCGGUGCGCUUCACGCCGCUGGACAGCUCCGUGGACCGCGUGGGGCUCAUCACGCGCAGCGAGCGCUACGUGUGCGCUGUGACCCGCGACAGCCUGAGCAACGCCACGCCCUGCGCCGUGCUGCGCCCCUCUGGGGCCGUGGUCACCCUGGAGUGCGUGGAGAAGCUGAUUCGCAAGGACAUGGUGGACCCGGUGACCGGGGAUAAGCUCACGGACCGCGACAUCAUCGUGCUGCAGCGGGGCGGUACCGGCUUCGCGGGCUCCGGAGUGAAGCUGCAGGCGGAGAAGUCCCGGCCGGUGAUGCAGGCCUGAGCGCGGGAAACCAAAUAAAUGGGGCUUGGACGCGACUGGCCGUGUGGCGCCUUCAUUCACCGCACCGGAGCCCAGGAGCCCGGGAAUGGCGUGCGCUCCGGAAUGACUGCGCUUUGAAAGCCUGGGCUAGGAAUGUUUGGUGUGGUCUCAGGUUAAGAGUAAAGUCUGAAUGGAAGGCAAACGCACAGCUGUAAACGGGUUGAGUGGCCGCAAGUCGGAAUGUGAGCGGUGACCACCGGAGGGCGCCACGUUAGCGGGCUAAAUGGAAAUCCCCGCGUUCCUUUUGAGUUAAACCAAAUUUGAAGCCUGGGAGCUUCAGCGGCACGUGUCUCCCAUUGCAAAGUGUAAUAAGACACCCAAAGGAAAUGUAGUGCUGUGUGAGUGAGAGAAAGUUAGGCACCCAGUCUAGAGAAGGCGGUGAGGAACACCCCCUCCCCCGCCACCUGAAGGCUGGAGGGUGGAGAGGAAGAGGAAACCGCAAGUGCAAAAGCCGGGAGGCAGCGGUGUACGCGGUGGGUGUGAAGAGUGGGCGGAGGUCAGAGCAACCAGGCCUGGCGGACCUGCCUGGAGCUCGGACUUGACCGGGAGGGCAGGGGGGCCCUUUCAAGCUAUGUUUUUAAUAACGUUGAGUCAGAAAAACAGACCCUGUGCAGGGUGGAGAACCAGAGCUAAAAGUUGCAAAAUAUGGCAAAGAGUGUAAAAAUAAAGACUGGAAGUCCUGCCUCUCA